AAUAAUAAAACUAAAGAGAACGAGAGAGAGAGAGAGAGGGUUUAACAAUACAACCACUGCUGUUUUAACCACCCGUCCCUGCUCUCUCUCUCUCUCUUCCCAAACUCCAUUUUUCUCUGCAAAUCUCAACACACACAAACCCUAAUUUACUCCGCCGCUCUACACCGUCAAUGUGGCGGCCGUGGCGCAAAUCGUCGGUUAAGAUUCACAACACCUUCUCUCCCACCGCCUCCUUCAAAGACAUCCACCACCUCUGCACCGACGAUUCCUCUCCCUUUCCUUCUUCUCCCUGCGCUUCUCCCUCUCCCUCUCCUAACCACGUCUCCAGAGUCUUCCACCGAGUCUGCGCCGCGAAUCUCAUCCUACGAUCCUGGCCGACUCGUCCCUCUAACCACCUCCUCCUCCGCGCAGAUUCCGAGCCCGUACGUCGCAAUCCUGAACCAGAUCCGAAGCAACCGAAACCACCCGAACCGGAUGUUAUACGCGUCUCGAUCCCCGGCGCGGAGAGCAGCAUCGUCGUAUACUUCACCAGCCUCCGCGUGGUUCGUCCCACGUUCGAGGCCUGCCGAGCCGUCACCGCGAUCCUCCGCAGCUUCCCCGUGCGAAUCGACGAGCGGGAUCUCUCGAUGGACGCGUCGUUCGCGGCGGAGCUGGAGCGGAUCUUCGCCGCCGGCGGCGAGAAGGAUCUUCCGAAGACGCCGAAGCUGCCGCGAGUGUUUAUCGGCGGUAAGUACGUCGGAGGAGCUGAGGAGGUGAAACAGCUCCACGAGAUCGGAGAGCUGAAGAAGCUCGUGGGAGAGCUGCCGAGAGCUGAGCCAGGGGUGUGCGACACGUGCGGCGGUCACAGAUUCGUACCGUGCAGCGUCUGUCACGGUAGCCAUAAGGUGCACACGGAGAAGCUAGGGUUUAGAACGUGCUCGGCCUGUAACGAGAACGGUCUCGUCAGGUGUUCGUCUUGUUCGUUUCCGCAUCUCACGCCCUAACUCCUAGAUUUUAUUUUACUUUUUUUUGUUUGUUUUAAGUCUACAUGAAAAUUGGAAUAAUUAAGAAUAAUUGUUUUAUGUAAUUCAGAAAAUUCCAAUUUGUAAAAUUCGAAAUGGAAAGUGGUAGCUUCAGCUUGUUUUUA